UGUUUGUGUUGUUGAGUGGGAGCAAAGCUACGCGAAAUUAGGGUUGAUCGAGGAAGAAGAAGAAGAUGUCGUACCUGUUGCCUCACUUGCACUCUGGAUGGGCGGUUGAUCAAGCAAUCCUGGCAGAAGAGGAGCGUCUGGUCGUGAUCCGUUUCGGGCACGACUGGGACGAAACCUGCAUGCAGAUGGACGAGGUGUUGGCGUCGGUGGCGGAGACGAUAAAGAACUUUGCGGUGAUAUACCUGGUUGACAUAACGGAGGUGCCGGAUUUCAACACCAUGUACGAGCUCUACGACCCUUCCACGGUGAUGUUCUUCUUCAGGAACAAGCACAUCAUGAUUGAUCUGGGAACCGGUAACAACAACAAGAUCAACUGGGCUCUCAAGGACAAGCAGGAGUUCAUCGACAUUGUUGAGACCGUCUACCGUGGAGCCAGGAAGGGACGUGGUCUCGUCAUCGCUCCCAAAGAUUACUCCACCAAGUACCGUUACUAGUUUCAUUCAUCUGUAACAUACAACAAACUAAAUAUUAUCUCUUUUCUUACUUCUCUGGUGUGGUGCUGGUUGUGGUUGUAUGAUCAUUCUGAUUUCUGCUUAUUCACAACUCUGUUACAUGAAUUGCUUUUGUCAUAUGCUAAAGUGUUGUUAGAAUAAUUCCUUAGUUUUGCAACUUUGCUUUAGUAGUUUAGGAUCGUUGGUGAAGCAAACACAAUUUGAUUUUUUCAAUAAAAGUUGACAUUUUUACUUUGA